GUAAACAAAAAGCAGACGAGAAGUCAAGGUCUGCGCGGUAACUUUGGUUGAGAUGGUGAAACCAAAGUACAGACGCCAUGGGUUCGUCUCGAAAAAGCAGAAGGAGAGAUAUGAUAAAGUAUCUGCAGGGCAAUUGACUCGAUGGAUUAGGGGAGCUAUCCUUACAGACCACAAUUACUCCGCCAGUGCAACCCCUGUCAGCGUUGAUCACGAUCACGAAUUGCCAAAUUUGAAUAUACUGGAAAGAGAGGAGGUGGUGGAUGGGGAAGAAGUGACUACAUCUGAGGAUUGGAAGGAGGGGAGGAGAGUAGUAGAACUUGGAGUGUUAGCUGAGGGCUUGCAGGGAUGUUCAAUUGUACAUGUUGGUAUUGGUGCAAUGCAAGUCAACAGUCUCCUUUCUGAGCUGAAUAUACCACCUGUAAGCCAUGCCAUGCUGGACAAAAGACAGAAAGAGAUAGGCAGAGCUGUUGAAGAUAUUGCUGCAGAGUCUAUGUCUGAUGCUUUGCAGAAGGAACUGGAAAUGAUGAAUGAAGAGAUGAACGAAAAUGGACUAGUUGUUGCUGUAGAUGCUGGAUGGCAAAAACGGGGUAGCGGAAAGACAUAUGAUAGUUUAUCAGGUCAUUGUUCCAUGGUUGGUCCUCUCUCCGACAAAGUAUUGUCAUACUCUCUGAGGUCUAAGAAUUGCAGAGUAUGCAGUGUAGCUGAAUCAACCAACAAGAAUCCAGCAGCCCAUGAGUGCUCAAAGAAUUGGGAGGGUAGUUCAAAGGCCAUGGAGGCAGAUAUGGUUAUUGAGAUGGUCCAAGAUCUACAGAAAAGUAAAGGAAUAACCAUUGAUGGAAUCAUUGGAGAUGAGGACUCUACCACUAUUGCAAGACUGAAAGCUUAUGUCAAUGCUGAUAUUAAGAAGUUGUCUGAUAAAAAUCAUCUAAAGAAACUGUUUACAAACUCUUUGUUUACCUUGAAGAAAAAACAUUCAUCUCUAACUUUGUCUGUGAUAAAGUACAUUCAGAAAUGCUUCAGUUACUCCAUAGCACAGGGAAAAGGAAAUGCUUCUCAAAUCAAAGAAGACCUUUCAUCAAUUCCAUUACACAUAUUUGGAGAUCACCAACACUGCUCCUCAAGGUGGUGCAACUUCAUUAACAACCCUAACCUGAGGUACAAGUCACUUCCACAUGGAAAACCCCUGAAAGAUAGGUUCCUUCAGGAUGAUCUGAAAGAAGUCUUCAGUUCAUAUGCAAGUCAUUCUGAUCGUCUUUCAUGCUUAGGAAGCACACAGUCGAAUGAGAGUUUUCAAAGAAUGGUUAACAAGAAAUUGGGCCUCUCUCCUGGCUACUAUACUCGCGAUCGACGACAGUGCAUUCUGAGGGAUUUGCAAAGAAAGCGACAGAAGGCCAUUUCAGUGACACAGAAAUUUAAAAGGAGAAGGAGAGAAUUGAAAGCCAGGAAAAUUCAAAGUAUUUCUACAAAAGAAACAAGGGAAGGCAUCAGUUAUUUAACAGGAUGUGAUCUCCAGCAGGCCUCUGACGUCGACAUCGUUGAAAUUCCAGCUCCAAAAACAAUUCCAAAGUAUGAUCAUCUCCCUUCAAGUCAGCUGUUAAAUGCUGAAGAGAUCUAUUUUGAUUUGGAAACUACUGGACUCGCAAGGGAUUCUCAUAUUGUGCAGUUGUCUGCAGUUAGAAAUGAUGAGGUUUUCAACAAAUACAUCAUUCCAGAAAAACCAAUGUCCUCAAAAGCUACAGAAAUUACUGGAAUAAAAGUAGUCAACAAUAAAAUGUACCACAAUGAUGAGGAAGUUGAGACAGUCAGCAUUAAGGAUGCACUGAUCCAGUUUAUCGACUUCAUGAAGAAAUCGGAGUCAGAUGCUGUUCUAGUUGGACACAACUCCAAAGUGUUUGACCUUCCUGUGCUGUUCAACAUUUUGAGACCUUCCCCUGAAGUCAAACUUGCUGCAUCUUUCACUUCAAACUCUGCCUUUGCCAUAUUCCAUCACAAGAACACAACAAAAAGUCUAAUGAGCACACUAAAGCCUUUAUUGGACCAAAAGGUGAUUUCGAAUAGAAUGGGAAAUAAGAUUGCCAGCAGUGGACUCUCCUUAUCACACUUACAACUGGCUUAUCGCAGAAAUGGUAGGGAGGGAGUACAGGAUGUGCUGACAGAGAUAACAGAUAACAGUGUGCGUGUGACAAAAUCUAGAAAAAUCAUUGAUUCUGUUGCAGAUUUUCUCAGAUCUGAGCAGUAA